AUGCAGAAUCAGGCGACUGACUUUCGUGUUUUCCUCAGGUACCACUACCAGCCCAACCUCGCAGGAUGGACUCCUAAGCAAUUGACCGGCCUUGGCUUCAAGGCUGGUGCUUUCGGUGGUGUCGCUCUCUUCGCCGUCAUCUUCUACGCCUCCGGCAUCCCCCGUGUACAAGACGACAUCCUCAAGAAGAUCCCCGGCCUCAGCGCAUUCUACGACAGAAGCGUCCCCGCCUCCGACAACCCCUUCUAA